CUGGUAGGCAUUAUGUAAAUCAGUACACAAAAGUCCAGUGCUUUUCAAAACCAAAAAACUCCAAGACAACCGUAUCCAGUUAAGAAUUUGUUCUUUGCUGGUUUAUAUUCGUCCUUAUAUAUACUAAUUGCGGCAGCAAGACAAAAUGAAAAGCACCUUCUGUUGAACGGUGUGGCCAAAUAUGAGAUAUGAAGUCCGCUGUGUCAAGAAUGCAUUUCCACCUGGCGUGAAUACGCGCUGGGCAGUUCUCGGAAGUGCUGCGUUUUUUAAAUUGCCAUCAGCGCUGAAUUCUGCCUUGAUACUUUCAUUCAUUUCAAGCACAAAACUACGUCUUCUAGAUACUGGCCAACACGGUUUCACCAUUUUUCCCAAUUACGUCUGCGAUUGGAGGUUAAACAAGUGAAUGUUGGAUAAGGAACAGGUUUGUCUUGGUCCCUAGGCCAAAGGUCACCUUCCGGGUAUAUCUGAAAAUUUCGUGGGGAUCUUUGUCCUUUCUCUUCUGACCUACUUCUUGUUCGUAUUUGACAUUGCUGGUAUAAUUUCCCUUCAAUGUCUAGGCUAUAGGCACAGAAUGAGCAAUGAGGCACGAGAUGAGUUCAAGGUAGUCGUACCCUCACAGAAAUCAUCCUGCUUCUUACUGGAGUGAUCAACAAAGCGGACUACAUCUUCUUGGUUACUCCAAAGUACGACGGAACGUAUUUACUGAAAAAUUGUACAUGAAAUGCUACUCGAAAAAGUUUAUGACGUUCCGAUUGGCAUCCGUCUUCUGGAAAAGGUUUCCUUCUUAAAGAAUCUUUCCAGUGUUUGGAAAAAUCGCUGGCAUCAAUUCAACAUAUUGUUUCUGACGUUUCUCUCCUAUGCAAGUUACCACAUUUCUCGUAAACCAACGAGCGUCAUCAAAAAUGUGCUUAAUCAAAAUUGUACUGGAUUGGAACAUCUACCGGGAUUAAACAUAACUGGCAUUGAAAAUACCUGGUGCAGUUGGCCUCCGUUUGAUGGACAAAAUGCUGGUACACUUCUUGGUGCCUUGGACUCUGCCUCCCUGUUUUCAUACGCAUUCGGGAUGUACAUAAUGGGCUUACUUGGAGAGCGUAUCAACAUCCGAUACUUUCUUUCUAUUGGAAUGAUGCUAUCUGGAUUUUUGGCCUGUUUGCUGGGCUUGGCAUAUUGGGCUGAUAUUCACUCUUUAACGUAUUUCCUUAUCGUUCAGAUUUUAGCAGGACUUUUCCAGUCCACUGGUUGGCCAGGUUGCGUAACCGCUGUAGGUAACUGGUUUGGGAAAAGCAAACGAGGACUUAUAAUGGGCAUUUGGCGCUCACACCACAGCAUCGGAAAUAUCAUUGGUACGCUGAUUGCCGGAGCUUUUGUCGAGGAGGCAUGGGGUCUUUCGUUUGUUGUUCCAGCUGCCAUAAUUUUUGGAUUAGGUUUGUUUCUCUUCCUUUUUUUGGUUCCUGACCCUCGAGCUGUGGGAUGCGACGUUCCAGAACACACUGGUUGCGUAUCGCAAACGUAUCCCACUGUGGAGAAUGCUGCAUUCGAAAGCCAAGGAAAUGGUAGUACGAGAUCCACCACUUCCGAGAUGAACGAACAAUGCGACCCUCCAUCGGAGUUGAAAGCUGAGGAUAAAGAAAAAGCCAUUAGUUUCUGGAGGGCCGUUCGGAUUCCCGGCGUCGUUGAGUAUUCGUUUAGCCUGUUUUUCACAAAGUGUAUCAAUUAUACUUUCCUUUAUUGGCUACCACGUUAUCUGAAGGAUUCAAGUGAAACGUUGGGUAGUCAGCAAGCUGCUGAUUUAUCGACUCUCUUUGAUAUUGGCGGAAUAUUCGGUGGUGUGUUAGCUGGCCUUUUGAGCGAUCUCACGGGCAUGAGUGCUUUUACGUGUUCUGGCUAUUUUAUUCUUACAAUACCAGCGCUGUUCAUUUACAGGGAAUUCGGAUCUGUAGGUGGAGCGUUCAAUAUGACGUUAUUGUUUCUAGUUGGUUUUCUCGCAAACGGACCGUACGCUUUGAUCACGACAGCUGUGUCCGCUGAUUUGGGAACCCAUCCUGAAGUAAAAGGAUCUACCCGUGCCUUGGCGACGGUAACGGCAAUUAUUGAUGGCACAGGUUCAAUAGGUGCAGCCGUCGGACCACUUGUUGCAGGACCCUUGUCGAAUUUAGGUUGGGACUACGUUUUCUACGCAUUGAUGGUGGCAAGUGCAAUGGGAUUAUUGUUAUUGACGAGACUAAUGGUAAAUGAGGCAAAGGCAAAACGCGGAAACAAGAAUAGCCCACGUCUUGUAACUCAAUUAGCAAUGGUAAAACUCUAGAAUUAACCAUGAAUGUAGCACAAGUUUUCUUUCGAUUCUUUUACCUUCCAUUUUCAACC